AUGGAGCUUGCUUCUGUAGGCUGGCCAGAGUGGAAUAACACGCGUAUGGAGUUCUCAAUGCGAGGAUGCAGCUCCAGGGACGAAGAAGUGUCGGACUCGAGCUACAAGGAACUCGUCGAGUGCACUCGGGAGUCGAGGCGACUCAGGCAAGACGAGCUCCGAAAGCAUGUCACAGACAUCGAAACGGCGCAACGAGGGUGCAAGGCAGCUGACGCGCGUCGGGAGCGGCGGGAGGCGGACGUCUCCAACCGCGUGGGUACCUCCUUCCUUAUGCGGCCGCGACGCGCUCCGCGCCCAGCGCUCGCUCGCCAUGCUGCCCGACGCGUUCACCUUCGGCAGCCUCUUCAAGGCCCUCCAAACGCCGCACCGCCGCUUCAAGACACCCCCCAGCGCGCGCGCGCUCACCGUGUCGACGCUCAAUGUCGCGCUGCGUAUGUUCGUGCUCACGGCGAACUACCCCGCCUCGAGCAUCGCGCUGCCCGCGUUCGGCGAGCACGGGCUCGCGCUGGACGCGAACAAGUCCACGUCGUCAUCGUCACUCUCAUGGCACACAUGCGCGUCGACCUCGACGAGAUGAUCGACGACCUGCGCGCCUUCCGCCAGUGGAGUCAGCAUCGACAAGAGACAGACGCGGACGCGCGGGCGCAGGCGGUGGGGCGCGCGCCCAAGCCCAAGUUCCCCGAGACGUUCCGCAUGUUGUCGCGCUUCGAGGUGCUCGGCGUGACCGAGGCCCCUGCGAACCCUCGGUGGGACAUCCACUCGCUCACGCAGCUGGGAGAGACGUGCAUGCGGCCCGUGGACGCGCUCGCGCUUGCGCUGGAGGACGCGGCGCAGGACAUGGCACCCGCGCUGUCGCGCAGCCUGCAGAGGAAGCUGACAUGCGUCGAGCGGAAGCACGCGGAGCGCGUACGGCGGCUGCGCGAGAGCGAGAGGCUGGCGGCGCUAGCGGAGGGUGUUUCAGGUGACCGCGUGCCGUGUGCCGAUCUGUGUAUCGCUGACGCGCUGCGCGCAGGGCUCGACCAGCGUUGCCGCGAUCCCCCCCCCACACGCUCUUCGAUUCCUGGCAGAGCCACCGCCACCCUCCUGGGAUGCCUGUGA